AUGAACAACCCCGGCUUGAAGAAACCUAUAUCCAACGCCGCCAACCAAGUCAAAAGAAGCUAUGGCAGACGCGGGCCCAGAGUAAACGGUGCGAAAAAGACCGGCCAUGAGGAGUCUGACCAGCCAAAACAAGACCGCAAGCUCAACCAAAAGCUGGUCUGGUGGUAUGCUGGAACCGCCUUUCCUCUCUUGGCAGGAGCGUUGGGUCCUAUGGCCAACGCAUUCUCAAUAUGUGCUCUUGUUGAACAGUGGCGUGUUACAAUACCACCAGGCGGCACAGAAGAGCAUGGAAAAAAUGUUCCAGAUCCGAAAUGGUUACUUGUACUCAAUUGCUGUGCGUUGGCAUCAGCCUUGAUUGCGAACUUGUUCCUCCUUCUUAACAUGGCUCGGAGAGUACGGUUCAACCUUGGCCAAGCAGUCACUAUCCUUGGGUUCUGGAUGGCCAGUAUCAUGCAUAUUGUCCCCGUCAGCAUCGUCUCGAGAACUUCGCGUGUCCACAACCAGGCACUUUCUCAAGCUUACUAUUAUGCCAUUUUUGGUGCUGCAAUCUACCAGAUAAUCUCCUAUCUCCUCUGUGUCAAUGUCUGGGGUGCGUUCAAGAAGCACUACAAAAGACAGUUCCGUCUCACAGGCCCACAGCGGACUCUGAUGAUCCAGACCGUGGUCUUCGUGGCGUACGACUGGCUCGGAGCUCUGGUCUAUGCGAACCUCGAAGGCUGGAAGUUUCUGGACGCGAUAUACUGGUCCAACUUGACCAUAUUGACUAUCGGCCUCGGGGAUCUCUAUGUUCCAUCCUCGACACUUGGUAGGGCUCUCCUGUUCCCAUACGCAUUGGGCGGUGUCAUCUCAGUGGGACUUGUGGUCGGUAGUGUACGCGCCCUCAUGUUGGACCGAGGUACGGCCAAGAUGAGAGCACGACUCACGGAGAAGAUUCGCCUUAAAGCGAUGAAUCAGAUUUCUAACUCGGCAAGCCAGAGGUCAGUCACAUGUCAGCUACUCGGAAGUCUGGGUAUGAGCAGGCCCAUAAGCUCGGCCUUGGUCCAUGACAAAGAGAACGACGAGCCACGCCGAAUGGCUGAGUUCAACGCAAUGCGAGCGGUCCAAAAAUCAGCGCACCGCAGACGCAAGUGCGCUGCGAUCUUUAUUUCCACGGGUAUCGUCACAUUUCUUUGGACGAUUGGUGCCGUGGUCUUUUGGAAAACAGAAAGGCGACAGAAAUGGACCUACUUUGAGUCCUUGUAUUUUUCAUAUACGACACUCAUGACCAUUGGUUACGGUGACUUUCGGCCCGAAAGUAACAGCGGCAAACCUUUUUUCGUUCUCUGGUCGCUCCUCGCUGUCCCCAGUUUGACCAUCCUCAUUUCGAAUAUGGGCGACACCGCCGUGAAGUGGCUGAAAGACCUCACCGUCUGGGUUGGUGAAGUUACACUCCGUCCACGCAAGGGCAAUUCGGGGUUGAAAAGGCUCAAGCGUAAUAUGCGCAAGUGGCAAAGGCCAGUGGCUGAGCAGCACAGGAAACUUGAGGAUCCGGAGAAAGGAUCGCUCUGCGACCAAUCCCAGAAUUUGAAACAGGUGCACCCAGGACUAAUUAGCAGUGACAAUCUAACCACCAGCGAAAGGGAAAGGAAGUACGAAAGUGUCCUUGUAAACCCCAUGUCGCAGGCGACGAAGUUGUAUGGACGCCAACCUCCACAUGAACCCCGUUGUAUCCGUCUUCUGCUUUCACAAAUCCAGAGGGUGUAUGUUGACCUAAUGGCAGUGCCAGAAGGCCGCAAGGAAUAUAGCUACGCAGAAUGGGCGUUCUUUCUGAAGCUUCUUGGAGAGGACGAGACUAGCAGUGCUGGUCAUAGUCAAGUUCCGACACAAAGGGGAAGAAGUCCGGAAGAGCUGCAAGGCUCUGACGAGGCAGCCUGCGAGCUAACAAAGACGAGGCAAUGCACCACGCCGAGUUGCAGAGCUGAAAAAAAGCCGUGGAGCUGGCUAGGCAAAGAUUCUCCCUUAAUUGACCCAAAGCCCGAAUCUCAAUUGAUCUUGGAGAGCCUGUUCAGGCGCCUCUGUCAGUGUUUGGAGGAGUACUGGUACGAAAUCGAUGACAAGAUAAACGGGGACGGAAUGAGCCCGUCGGUGCUAUAA